AGCAAAAUUAAGGAAGAAGCUUAUAUAUCUCGCUGUUUUUCCUACGCUUUUUAUUAAUAACCACUGCAGGUGCAGAGAAAGAAAAUGAUAUGAUUAAUGUGUCUGGUUCAAGUGUUCACUCAGUCCUCGACGAAGGAAACUGGUAUUUGAUAAGAAAACAGGUGGUUUUAAAAUGUAAGGUGAGUCUCUGUGUUAUCGUAUUUUUCUAUCAAAUAUUGUUGUAGAUCUGGUGUUAUCUUCAUUUAUGGAAUAUUGAAUAAGUUCGUCUGAUGCAAAGCUGUUUCAAUUUGUCGAUUAAUCGAUCAAAAUACAAGCACACCUUUGCAAGACUGCUUUGGAAGCUUUAAAUCAGCUAUAUAAUUUACGCCUUGUAAAGAUAGUCAAUUCCUGUGUGAGUAUAGUUUGUUAUGUUUUUUGAACUAUUUAAUUCAUCAUGUUGGAGAGCUGGUUGUUAGGUGUCACUGCCGAUUGUCAAAUACUCCCAACUGUUUAUCUCUUAUAGUACCACGUCAGGGAAGUUGUCAACUCAUAACCUUGGUGUGACAAUUAUAUCCUAGGCUUACGUAUAAUUUUCGCGAAUUGCGCGUGCUUUAUUUACUAAAUGUAGUAAGCAUCUGCGUAUAAAGAACCUACGUUAUUACAAGUCACCUAGGAUAAGUCUUAUACAUAGCUGUUUAAGAAGGAAUCAGAAUGUUUAGGUUCUUAAUUCGAUUUUGAUUUGUAUUCGGGGUUUUUAAGGGUUUUAUUUACACUGGAACAACACUGAAGCUAAGUCAAAGUCAUACAUAGGCAAAUCAGAAGAUCAGACAUAGGGUCUGACAGAUUAUGCUGCUAAAAUCGAACAUUAUACUUUCAGGCAUCACUCAUGAUACCGAGGUAUUAUGCUCGAAAUUAUCAUGUCGUUGAAAAACUUGUGCUUCUUGUAAUGACCGACACUUAUACCUCCCGAACGUAAAAGAACAGUUUCAACUUAGAUCUAUUUAGGUUUCUGGGAAACUGCCCACCUACCCCUCCCCUAAGCCAACAUUUUGCAUUAGGUGAGAAGUAAGUGAUAAUGUUGGCUUACGGGAGGGGAAGGUGGGCAGUUUCCCAGAAAACUAAAUUUAUCCAUUCAAAUGAUCUCAACAACAACAACAACUUUAUUACAACCCAUACAAGCAAAAAUAAAAGAAGGGAAUUAACGCCAAUGAAUAGAAAGCAAGAAAGGGGUAUUGACCCCCUAAAAAACUAACUAGGAAUUUUAAAUAACAUGAAAUGAAUUAAAAUACUUAGGUCCGCGACACACAAACAAGAUACACAGACUAUCAAAAGUUUAUUACAUGUGCAAAGUGCGUUGGAGUUAUUACAAAUUGAGACAGCUUAGUUUAUUACAAAGUCUUAUGGACAGUUGUUAUAAAGUGCGACAGAUUUUUAUUACAGAGGGCGACACGGAUGGACAGUUAUUACAAAUUGCGACAACUUAUUUAUUAGAAACUGCGACAUUGUUUAUUACGAAUUGCGACAGGUGUUACAAAGUGCAAUGGAGUUAUUACAAAAAUUGCGACAAUACAGAAGAGCCUCCAAGGCCGUUCCUUGUCAUCGCUUUUAUCAACUAUUUAUUCACCGUGUUUAUUCGAUUAAGCGCCCAACCUCGAAUUAGCGCCCACCUCGAAUAAGCGCCCAUCCUUUAGGGAGGAAAAGCAAUAAGCUCCCAGUAUCGAAUAAGCGUCUCUCUUAGAAGCAUGAACUGAAGAAGUGUUAUAUCAAUGAUACUCAGGGUUUAAAGUUUUGAUGCUGGCGAGUGUUAGAUACAACUCGCAAUAAUCAAACUGUUUACUGUUCUCCUAGUACUGAUGUUGCUUUUUGAAAUAUCUGCCAAAAAUCUUUCCUACCCUUCACACGAUCCAUAGUCUGGUCAUGACGUCAUUUUUUUGUUUUUCUUGUGGAAUGGAGAUGUGUAAUAUCGAGGAACAUUUCUCGUCAUUUAGCCAAAAACCUGCACUCGAACUCUAAUGCGCUUGCCACAUGUACCGCGGAGUGACGACAGGCUCAUAAAUUCUUAUUGUUUUCGCUUCGGUUUGCCGCAAUAUUUGAAGUGGGCAUGCUAGUAUAUUGUCGCUAAGGCCCAGUUCAAACGUCCAUGGCCAUCUUUUCAUGUAUCGAACUUAAUACCUAUUCAGGUCGACCAAAAUUAUAUAAGUUCGACGCUUGAUUCAGACGUCGAACUUAAUUAGUCGGACUCAAUUCAUUUUCACGAUGUUCAAUGAUCUAAAACGCUUACAAGUGAAAAUAUUAGUAAUUUAUGCAUAGGUUCGGCACAUGAGAAUUUCGAGGUUUGAAACGAAGUCGCUCCAGUGUCGAAAUUCCCAUGUGGGCCACUCGAUCUUAAAUCAUGGGUCGAUCAGGAUUAGAUAUGUCCAACUUAAUUUAUUCACACGUCGAUCUUUUCGUGUACUUAAUUUAAGGGAUUAGGCUCGGUACAUGAAAAGAUCGCCGUUUGAACAGGGCCUAAGGCUUCUGGUGAAAAACGUCCUUUGUUUUGAUAAGUUCAUCACAAUUUGUCCAUGUAAAUAAAGCACAAGUUUACGCUUCAGCAGCGUCUUGUGUCAACUGAAGAUUGGUACAUAAAUAGUACGUGCCUGAGGAUCAAGCAGUUGCCCCUGCCUCAGGUGUCAGCAACCAAAUAAUCUGCUUGCCACUGAAAAAUCACGAUAUUUUGCUGAACCUCGUCUGUCCAAUCAUUGCUUGUUAUCAUUUCAUGCAAUCCGAUCAUGGGAUCCCUGUGCCUUCGAAUGCGCUGGUUAAGUUAAGAUACUUACAUUAAUUUAAUAAUUACUUGUCAGUAAGAAUAAUUAUAAUCAUCGUCAUCAUUAUUAGAAGCUUAAUGAUAAUAAUAACUUUUAAAAGCGAUUAAUAUCAAAGAAAUGCUCACCAAAGCGCCAAAUGUCUUGAUUUUCAAAAAAAUUCUUCUCAGUUACCGUAUGAGAAAUGCAUGAACAGUAGUGUAGAGAAUUUGCCUGUUGAUGUAAAUGCUUCCGUGUCGUCGUUGAAAUACAAUUAAACUCGACAUAUGCUAAUCUCAAGGUCACGUGACGUAUCGGUAUCAAAUAUAUCCGAUAUGAUCGACGCGAGGAACUUAAUUGGAAGGUCACAGAAACGCGUAUAUGCGAUUGUCGUAUAGAGUAAACAAAAUAUAAGAAGUGGCAAAAAGCAAUAUUGUUACAAACCCAAACAAUCCUAAUUACUGUAAGAAAUUACUUAUGUACUUCACCUAGGAAACAACCUUGGCCAACUGACCCGCUUUUCACCCUCGGGCCGCAUGUUAAGGGUGUUAAACUGAUCAGGGUAUUGAAAUAAACUGUAUCUUAACCCAUUACUCCUAAUUGUGGCAAAAGAAAAGGUUCACGAAAUUAUUCAAAUUUCUUUUUAAAAAACCGGAAAGAUAAAUAGCACCAUGCAAAAGGUCUUCCAAAGAGCUUUCAUUUGAAUGGUAACACCAUAGGAUUCUGUCCACAGUCUCAAAAGUUAGAACUACAUACUAAAUAAAUAGUGCCAUGUGAAAGUACCACUGAAGAGGUGUCGUUUGAAUGGUAACACCAUAGGAUUUCAUCCACAAACUCAAAAGUUAGAGCUACAUACUAAAUAAAUAGUGCCAUGUGAAAGUACUGCUGAAGAGAUUUCAUUUGAAUGGUAACACCACAAGAUUUCGUCCGCAAAUUUAAAAGUUAGAGUGACAAAUUAUCUCACCAUAACAAUGUCAGAAGUGGAAGGUUUGAGAGAAGAAAAUAAACUGACCUCUUAGUAUUCCAACACUUCUCUUUCAUAAUCAUGUUGGUGCCGGAUUAUACCUGACGGUUGUAAUAUAGCCGCAGAGCAUUGUCAGGAAUCUUUUGAACAUUUGUUUUUUGAUCGACGCUGUGUCAGAGAUCAUUUCCUUGUCGGGUUGACCUGAAAGCGGUCGUCUUUUUGUGUUUGUCGAAGAAUUUUUGUUCUUUAUUUUUGUAACGAAGUCACCUGUCAUGUACGUAGCUUGCACCUUAUUAAAAGUGCGUGCACUGGUGGGCCUUCCCAAUUAAAUGUAAAUGUUUCCAUUUCAUAAAGCAAAUAGAAGGUUUAAAAGCAAGUAAAUUCGACUAGAUGCCGGAUAUUACUUUGUAAUGCGCAUUUAUUUUGGCUUCGAGUCAAAUAUAAAUGCCCAUCCUGGUGUAUUUAGGCCGGAGUAGCAUGACACCCUCGGAAAGAUUUGUCAUGGAGUGAAUUGUUGGGUGCGCUGACGGAAAAUCACCUUUGUUUAAAUGUGAACUCAGCCCGCAAUUUAUCAAGUAAAUUAGAUGCGGCUGCCAUGCCAAAGCUGCCGAAUAUUUGCUCGGAUUAGUUUUUCAAGAGUCCUCAACUUAGCAGGAAACGCGGAUAGGAUUAGAAAUUAACGACUGCAGUGAAACGUGCGCUCCGAAAUUUCAUUUUUCUCUUGGCGCGCGCAUCAGGCCAUGGAAUCUGCUAAAGGUGAGCCCGUGUCUUAUCUUUUUGCUAAACUAAAAUAAGAGCUUUUUCAUGUUACAAUCCCUUUUAGUGAAUCUGAUAAAAAUUUAAUUUCCGCUGGUCUUGCGGCAGAAGUUCUGGUAUCGUCAAAAGAAAAUGACAAAAAUAAAAUCAGCGUUGUAUCAUAUAUGUUCGAUACUCAAUUUUAAAACAUCCGUACAAGGUACUUAAUAGACAUACAGACCCUCCGGCGAUAUUCCUUUGAUGACGCAAAUUUCUUUCCUCGGAAAUAUAGCUGUAAUCAUCAAGACUCUCAGCCAUUAGAAAGUUCACUUAUUGGAGGGAAUGAAGUAAAAUGGAAAAUAACCGUUUCCCUGGGGUUUUUGUUAAUUGCUUUCAUAGGAGGUUACAGCUUCCUCGAAAGAUUGUUGUCAACUAUCCUUUGUGUUGACCCUUAAAGGAAAAAACGAUUAAUGUGAAAGAGUAUUAGCCAAUAUUUUGACUCAAUUUACGGACUAUUUCUGGCUGUUUUCGUUAGAGAAAUCUUGCUCCCAGCAGUAUGACCACUGGGUUUUUUCAAGCCGAAUUCUUUGGGUUUUUUCUGUAUUCAGAAAGCUUUUGCUGUUUUAGGAACAUUUAAAAAAAUGCUAUUAGAACAUAGUUCAGUAUUCAUGUUGCAUUAAUUCAGUUUCAAAGAAACCUAUCAUUGUUAUUGCAAUGGCUAGUCUGACCUCCCCCACUUAGAACGCAGUUUUGAAUAUAAUUAUUCUUACCUUUUGAUUGAAAUGGAUUAAGUCACUGUUUGAAUUCAAUGCGAAUUUUUGUCGUCUUUUUUUAAAAAAAACGUCUUCCGAUUCCCCAAUACGCAAAGGAACAAUCAAGAAACUUAGCUUGACGCUCUUUUUCAAAACGCACGUAAUUAAAUUGUUGCUUCAUCGCCUGUACAAUUUAACUGUCGCUUGGCGAGUUUCUUAUUACUUCCAGCGCUUAAAUGAUAGUUCUUUUAUCAAAACAAUCGCGCAAACUCAUGAAUUUUUAAUGCAGAAGUCUUAUAUGUAAACUUUAAUAGGAUGGUAAAUGUCGGCAGCACCAGCCCCCCCUUUCAUCCGAAGCUGCACGACCUUUGUCCAAUCACAACACAUUGAUUAACUUAGGCUGUUAGAAAUGAUAUGACGCGUCAUCUUAAGAAGCUUAUUGUGCAACACCUCUGUGUGAGGAGCCGGGCUUGUCGUGUUUGAAUUGGUCGCCAUGUCAGCGAAAACAUUUUGAGAUUGUGUUUUGAACUGGAACUGGCUAUUUUAGGGGUAAAUACCAAGCUUGAAUUUAAAUGUGGAAAACGAAAGAUGCAAUUCGUUUCUAACUCCAGGACCAUUACUUCCAAAUUAUAUGUCAACAAAAUACAAGCCAUAACUCAGCUCAGGAUACCCUGGUAUGUUAAUUUUAUUGUUUUUGACCCUCUAAAUUUCUUAAAAGGAAAAUUAAUUUUAGUUUAAGCCCGACUUAAUUCAUAGCGCGUAAACCUCGUUUUAAAUUUCUUGAAGACGCCAACGUGUUUCAUCGGUGUAGUAUCUAUUUGCUCUAGCAGUACAUGGUUACGAAUCAUUUACGUAGAUUUUUAGUAAGCAAACUCGCUACCUCUGUAAACCAGAAGCUAAAGUAUGAAUAAUUCACAGGCAUAAGAUUUUAUUAUAUUAGAGAAAUAUACCUUCAUACUCUAUCUGUUUGCCUUUUCUAUAGAAGAUUACGGAUUAUUGGGAAAAAAGCAUUUUCUCUCUCAAUGGUUAAUCACCUUUUUCGAAGAAUAUCCUGAUUGUUCAAUGUUACUCUCAACAGACCAAUUUAUAUUCUAGCAAAAAAUCUGGUUGUUUAAUUUUACUUUGAACUAUGAUUUCCUUCACCGAAAACGUAGACCAGAAUAUAAAGCCCGGGGAACUGCACACAAAAAAACCGCGCAAAUAGUAGCCUGGAGAUGUUUUCCUUUCUUUCUUUUUUUUUAAGAUUUCAGCGAUAAAAAUAAUACCUUAAAUGCAUUUUAUUAUUCUUUUGCUGGGGAUUAAUUUUCCCGAAAGUUGUAAGUAAUCGUAGGUUUCGAAAAUUAAUCCCCCGCGAAAAUUCCCAUCUAAGUAGAAAUUGGUAAACAUUACUAAUUUGGAUUAUUCGAGUUUUGGAUUCAACGUUUGAUCCACUAUAUUGGGCAUAAACACGAGAAAUAUUUUCCUCUCAAGCUGAAACCCCUUAGGAUCUUAUCUUUUGUGACAUAUCGGCUGGAAAUGGGAAACUAAUGUUUUGGAUUUAGUUUUGAUCCUGCCUUAGGACUUUUGCAGCGCCGCACGGCACUUCGCUAGAAUGAGCUGUGAAAAUAAGAAAUCAUCCUUGCAAACUGAAAGAACACCUUAACGAGAAUUAUUCCAGUGCUACUAAGGUGAAUUCAUCAGGUCAAUUGCGACUUAAAAGUAGAAGUUUUGUCGCGGGGUUUGUACUUCAGAGUUGUUCAGUUCAAUCGAAUAUCAGUGACCCCCUUGUUCGGUCGUUCAUCGCCGUUCUAAUCAACGGUCAUUAAUUGUAUUAUUCAAAAUACAAGCGUCAACAUUACGCUUGGGUUGACCCUUUCUCCCUUAGACCGAGUUUAUACGUUAUGACCAGUUGAUUCGUUUUCGUUAUUUUUGAAUCAGUGGACAAAAUCCUGUGGUAUUAUAAUUUAAAUGAAACCCCUUUGAUAAAACUUCUGCAUACGUAAUAUUUUUUGUAAGGAUUUUACAAAAUGAAAUUUUGAUUUUUUUUUUUGUGAAUUUACUCUGGCUGCAAUUAGAAGUGAAACGGUUAACUAAGGUGAACAUAGCGAACAAAAAUACGUUUCUCUUGAUAUCAUCGCUAAGCUAGGAAUGAACUUGCGAACGAAACGUAUGGAUUGGCCUCAGCAGCUGUUAGCCAUUUGAGCAUGCGCAAAAUUGUUUAUAGCCCAUUUACCGAUUUUCUGCAUUUAUUUAGUCACCCAAUGUCUAUUAUUUAAGCUAUUUUCCAUUCUUUCAGGCUUAAAUGGAAAGGAGUCUUUUACAAUAUCUUUCAGUGGCCUUCUUUUUUGUGUUUCUUGUUUGUUUGUUCGAUUUUAGCUGUGCGAUUCCUUUUUAUAAUGAUCUUAUGAAAAUUUCUCAGCAAGUUGUUGAGAAACAGUUCGUGACUCGGAUUCAAUUUUUUUUUCUUUAUUCGGAGCUUUCUUUAGAAGUAAUCCAAACAUUUAGACGUUUUAUCGUGUCUGCAUGCUUUAUAAAUGUCAUCAAAAUAUUGCCUGCGAAAAUGACAGCCAGUGUAUCAUCUAGAAGGAGAUAAAAACGUUGUCUUACCUUCGAUACUUUUAUCAAGAGAUGGCUUCUAGAAAGACCGAGGUAAACGUUUCCUGAGAUGCGUGUAUGUUUUCUGCGCAACAGAGCGCGCGCCUGACAUGAACGAUUUUAAUUUCUUUCGCUCGCAAUUCGUUUAAAUGGACAGAAAAGCAGACUUAGCGAUCUUUAAUUAUUGGCAGCCUUAAGUGCUCUAUUGUUGUCGAUUCAGGCAAAUAUGCCAGGUUUUCCUUUCAUUAUACACUUAAACAAAAAAGGAAUUUCAUGGUGAAUAGAGACAGGAGACCCAUUUUAAGUAUUCAACUGUCAGAGUUCCGUUUCCAACGUCGUUAGUUUCCAAAGGUUGUUUUUGAAGGUUGUCCUUUAUUUAGAGGCCUUCCGCCGUCAUUUGUUCGUCUCCGCCGGUAACAUUUCCCUGUCUUGUAAACAGCUUCACGUUCGAUUUUAGCCACUUUAAAUUUUCCGCAAAAAUUCUCCUUCGACGAUGCCCUAGAAGUGAACAUAUGCAGGUAAGUAUACCUCGUUUAGGUGCCAAAGAUGCUUAAGAACUAACGCUCCCAAAUAACGACAACUCUAGCGAUUAAUUUACUAUUUGUUCUUUCAGACUCGCACGAUACUCAGCUAAAAACUUCGCCUGUCCUCGAGACGAAAAUGAACGAAGGUACAAGCCGAACGUCUAAAGUUCGUUUCUCUGCUAACACGGACACCUUUAGCGAAGAUGAAGAAGCGGACAUUCGCCAUAAACGUCUUCUGCGUUACUUGUAUAAGGGAGGAAGAAGAUAUAGUGAAGCGGAAAAGGCUUUUUUGAGUCGUGUCAGGAUACCGUCAGUUGGGCUUCUUGCCGACGGUGAGACAAAAGUGGGAUGGCUAAGAUUUUUUGACCCAGGAGGUGAGUAAUUUAAAAUAAUCAUGUUUUAUUACUUCAUUCAUUCCUCGAAAAUUGUACGUUAAAGGCUAUUGAGAAGUAAAAUCCGAGGUAAAAGCUGAAAGUCAUCUGAAAGAUUCCGACAUCUCGCGUGGGGUUCAAUAAAUACCCAAGAAAAAAUAAAGCUUUUUCUCUUGUUCUUGGGUUAGCGUCGCCAGUAAUCUAAUUUUACGGCAAAAUCAGUGUAGCUCCUUACAAUACUUGCCUGAUUAUUAAAAAUUGCUCGAGAUUGAAACUGAAUAAUGUUUCAAGCCCGGCCAAAUAUUUCCGGGAAUAAUAUUUAAAAAAAACCUUUAAAAAAUGCUUCACGAAGAACUAUACUGCGAUGUGUAUGUCACAAUUGCAGAAUCUUUUGCACAAGUAGUUAAGGUGGCUCAUUUUGACAAUAAAAACACUGCUCUUCGGUCUUGCUGCUUCCGAUUCAUAUCGAUUUUAUCUGAAAUUUAUAUAUACUUUUUACUUGAUUUUUUCAAAAAUGGGAAAAGCAUACGCUGACUGAAUUGCUAACCAAAAGGUUUCAUGACGUUGUUCCCGUCAGCAGUUAUUUUAGUUUAUCUCUCCUAAAUCUUGAUAAAAUAUUCUCUGUGUAUUCGAAAUGAUAUUAAUUACUAGUUGAGGACGGAAAUGAGACAAGGUGAUGAAGACCGAGCUUUUAAUUUAACUGAUGUAAAAAUAUCUUUCCCACAAUAUAUCAGUUUUUUUAUUAGCGUAAAAGGGGUAGUUUUUACACCACCAAAUGAAAUUGCGACCGCAUUUUCAAUGUCACUAAAAUUAGUCAAAGCUUGGGUCAUGAAAUUUGCGUUGCAAAUUUCAGGUUUUUUCUCUUUUUGCCUCGACACAAAAAGGCAUUUAACGCCUAGUGUUCAAAUGAAUUUAAGUCACUCAGUUAUGAUCAGUAAUGGUGUUAGGGAAAUAGGAUGUUAUAUUUCUGCCCUAUUAAAAUUGAACGAGCGAACGUUUUCUGUCAUAAAUCAUGCUGCGAGAAUAGACAUAUGUUUCUUACACAGCUUUAAAAUUCGCAUGAAUGAAUUACUGGAUAAUACACCUUAAAUUGAUUAAAGAAAUAUACUUUUCCUUCGACAGACCUUUAUUAUGAUUUGACGCCACUUCUUCUUCUUAAGGGUUUUUCUUUCGGUCGCUUUCAUUAGCGGAUAACGCUGCCACUGUCACGCCUACAAUGUGACGACUGUCAGGAUAAAAACGCUUCUUUUAGCUUGACAUAUUAAGAUGUACUAGGACAAAUUCGUCCUCCGUCUUUCUUGAUGUGUCAAAUGUGAUUCCAAUGUCACCCGUACCGAACGAGAUCUUUGAAAAAUCAAUAGGCAUGUUGUUUUUAUCCUUAAGUUUAGAUCUUGGAAAACGCUCUUUCUACGAUUCGAAGUGAUGUUCUUGUCAAUUUUUAAGUAACUUAACGAAAAGUGCAAAAUGAUUUAAACCCAAGGGUUAAGAAUGGCCGUUUGUUUAUAACUACAGCUAUACAAGGCUCCUUCUGAAUUUUUUAUUUGACCUAUUGUUUUUAAUUAUCAGAAAUACACUCACUGUCUAUUUGAAUUCGUGAAGUCGGUUUAAGAAAGCGUAGAAUGGCUCUGAGGGUCCCCAGGGUUAAUGAAAAGUAGUCUUCUUCCGGGCAAAAGGUGUAAGGCUUUGACCGAAAAAUUACGUCGAGUUUUAAAAAAAUAGCCUUUUUGUCGUAGGCGAAAACUGGCAGUAAGACUAAGACUGCUCACAAAGCUAUACGUUCGAGGAAGUGUCUUGCCGCAUUGCAGACUUAGACCCGCAUUAGCCAGUCUGUAAUUUACACUCUUCGUCUACUCAAAAAAACUGUCAAGCAUAACCACUGCAAUUCAGGCGCAGGUGACGAGAAGAAGCCAAAACCUAGUCCUAAACCUUACCGUUAGCCCCCAAACUUCAGUUGAAGGUAGAUCCAAGUUAAUAGCGGUUUUUGGUUUUUUAGACUGGAUUUUAAGGUCCUUUAAAAUCUUCUAUUCUGCCUUCACGUUUUAACAAAACUGUUCAGAAAUCUAUGUGCCCUCUGAACAACUUGUUAGUAUUGAAACAUCCGUCCUCUUAGCAGUGAAAGGGACCUUAAGAUACGAGAUCGGGGAGCUAGCACGGCGACGGGGCUGGACGAGUAAGACUAGGUCGAGGCCCGUCGUGUCCGCCAGAGAGAGAAUAUACUUCAGAGCAAGCAAUUUUCACUUGGGACGGCAACGGCGAUAUUCAUUUCACGAACAAAAUAGUAUCGACCUUUAAAGACGAUAGGAGCCUUCUUCUGGAGAGCUACUUAGACGGCGUGAUAGACGACGAUGAAUUUAUUCUACUAUACGAUGAAACCUCCAAAAACCCGGAAUUACCAUAUGAAUUUAUUUUUUGUCAUUAUUUGCAAUACAAGAAUACGGAAACAACACAGUUAACUGCUCUGGUGCCACUUCAAUGCUGCUUAUGUCGGUUUCAAUUCCACUUGCUUUUUUUUUUCAGUUCUCUCGCAAUUUGGUUCAAGUUUUCAGCGACCUCUUCCCAUUUCUUUCCUCUCGCAACUGUGCUUUUUUUUGUUUCAGUGAAGGGAUCAGAAAACAUGAUUUCCCGGCAUAUUAUUUCGUCGUGAAGAGAACUCUACACCAUUGGCUUCCCAAAAAAAAUUAGAAUCUACAUUCAAGCGGAAUCUUUAAUUGAAAAUGAAAUUGAUUUGCAACUGAAUGCGCCAAAGGUAAACACCGGCCGACUGUCAGGAGGUACAAGUCAAAGUAACCUUCGCUGAACUUUUUUUACUGAUUAUUGGUCCACUGUAACUGGAUCUCUUUUAACUUCACUUACACUGAUUUACGUUUCUUCACUGGGCACUCAGGAACAUUCACGUCGCGAGUGCAAAACACAACAAACAAUGGACUUAAAUUAUCGCCUUGUUUUCCUCAUUUCGGAAUAUUUCCGACAAAAAUCGCGAAGAAUAUGGUCUUAUGAAGCACCAGGGUCAGCAUAUCUGAAAAGGGAAUCGAUUGUGUCUUAUUGUAGAUAAAAACAAGCCGAGAAUACUAACGUUUUCGAGAUGACGCAAAACAGGCUAAAUGGCGUCCUCCACGAGACCAGGACGGCAAGAACACGAAUUUGGAGUUGUUGUGCGCAGGCCUUGUUGUGUAAAUUUACUUCCGGUAGUCGUCGUGGCUUGUCCCGUCCUCGUAUGUUAAGGUCCCUAAGUCCCUAAGUCGGCUGUUUACACGUUUUUUUAUUUCGAAACCGGAACCAGUAGAGACAGUGACAUGAACUCAACAUCUUCAGAAAUCAGUCGCAAUGUAGUUCCUCCUUAUGCAUAUCAAUACCUCAUCCUCUUUUUCAAUUUGGAUUUUGGCGUGUUCACGAAAAAACACGAGAAAGCAUUGUUUUACUAAAAAAUCCCUUGCCACUCAUCAUGAAUACUUAAAAUAAAUACACCUUUCCCUAAAACAACAUGAAGGGAGCCAUUUUUCGCGUAGUGUACCCUUUUAGUCCUGACUCUCCUGUCCGUUCAAUGGGCAUCCCAACAAACUGCCGUUGAAUACAAUCCGUAAGAUACCGCAGAAUAUUUUACAGCUUUCUAUAUCUCUCUUUUUUGUUAUAGCGUGGAAUAAAUUGUGAUAUUAAUAGCUUAUCUUAAUAUUCUCUUUGCAGGUGACAGGCUCUACUACUGGUUGCUAAUAGUCUCCGUAGCUGUUGUGUAUAAUUCAUGGGUGCUUAUAUUAAGAACCUCAUUCCCUGAAAUCCAGGAACGACACGCGAUAAUCUGGAUUGUAAUUGACUAUUUUUGCGAUGUGAUCUAUAUCGCGGAUGUGUUUGUGAGCUCAAGAACAGGAUACAUGGAGGACGGAAUCAUGCAAAGAGACAUUCAAAAAAUGCGCCGGCACUACUUGCACACGUCAGCGUUUUAUUUAGACGCCGCGUCCAUUGUGCCUCUGGAUAUUGCGUAUAUUUUCAUAAAGCACGAGCCCGCGAUACGUAUGAACCGUCUGAUAAAAUAUCAUCGUUUCUGGCGAUUUCUUGAUCGCACAGAGAGCAGAACCAGCUAUCCGAAUCUGUUCAGACUGGCUUCCUUAAUGCAGUUUAUUCUUGUUUUAAUUCACUGGAAUGCAUGUAUUUACUUCAUCGUGUCGCGAGAAAUUGGGUUUGGCACCGACACAUGGGUUUACCCAGGAAUCAACGGAACCCUAACUGAAAGACACCUGUCACUCACAAGAAAAUACAUAUACUCUUUUUAUUGGUCAACUCUGACGUUGACGACAAUUGGAGAAGUGCCGCCACCCCACACUAACGUGGAGUUUAUUAUUGUUACGCUUGAUUAUCUGAUAGGUAAGUUGUAAAUAUUAUUUUGCUCAUGGAGUAUGAAGGGGCCUUUCUAAUAAUUUGGUAACGAAAUCUGCUACCAAGGAUAAGGUAAGGUCAAAGUGCGAAGCGUCCGUUUCUGAAGCUGGGCGGACUGUGCCGGGUACUAUUUAUUGGAUGCGAAAGAACACAAGCUGUAAACCAAUCACGCAGCUUUCUCUACCUGAGAAGUAUUAUUCUCUGUGUUCAUUGUCAACGGAUUUGCCACCAAACUUUAAAAUUCUCUCCGCACAAAAAUAUGUAAGAUAAUACUCUUUCGUCAGUUUUGUCCAGAAAUGUACGGAUUUUGGAAGGGUUCUGAAAGCCGUCAAAAGUGCAGUGCAAUUGAACUUUCGAGCGACAUAUGUGAUUUAGGCAGAUGGAUGACCAAAAUUCAAUUAUGCUUGUCAUUCCAUAUUUAGAAAGGCUCAGUGAAACACCACCCCGGGCCAAAUGUUCAUGCCUUAACUGUGGCUGGGAUUACCAUAGCCCAAUAGUGGUCCACAUUUUUCCUAACCCAACAGUGAUCCAGAUUUUCAUGGCCCAACAGUGGUGUUAAGGUUUUCUAGGCCCUACAAUGUUCCAGAUUUUCAUGGCCCAACAAUGUUCCAGAUUUUCUUGACCCAGCAAUGAUGCAGAUUUUCCUGGCCCAAGUGGUCCAGAUUUUCUCGGCCCAACAGUGGUCCAGAUAUUUCAUGGCCCAGAUUACCAUGGUGCAAUAUUGGUCCAGAUUAUCUUGGCUCAACAGUGGUCCAGAUUUCUUGGCCUAACAGUAAUCUAUAUUAUCUUUACCCAACAGUGGUCCAGAUUUUUCAUGGCCCAACUGUGGCCCAGAUUACCAUGGUCCGAUAGUGGUCCAGAUUAUCUCGGCCAAACAGUAAUUCAGAUUUUCUUGGCCCAACAGUGGUCCAAAUUUUCUUGGCCAAACAAAAAUUCAGAUUUUCGUGACCCAACAGUGUUGCAGAUUUUCUUGACCCAACAGUGGUCGAGAGGUACCAACAGUAGCCGUAUUGACGGAGUUCCACUUUAUCCCUUCUUUGCAGGUGUACUUCUUUUUGCCACUAUUGUAGGAAAUGUGGGUAGUAUUAUCACCAAUCAAAAUGCUGGUAAAGUAGACUUCCAAAACAAGAUGGACGGUAUUAAAGCUUAUAUGCGUUUCCACAAAAUCCCUCAACAUUUACAACAGCGGGUGAUUAAGUGGUUCGAUUAUUUGUGGAUGAACAAGAAACAUCCCGAUGAAGAGGAGCUCCUGCACUCUUUGCCAGACAAACUCCGAGCUGAGUUGGCAAUCCACGUGCACUUAGAUUCAUUAAGGAAGGUUGCUAUCUUUCAGGACUGUGAGGCGGGGUUUCUUAGCGAGCUGGUCUUGCGUCUUCGUCCUCAGCUAUUUUCACCAGGUAAAUUAAAAAAUUUCUCGUGAAAUAUUUAUAGAGAAGUGUUUCACUUAAAUACUGAGAUCCUAGCAAGUAUUUGAUAAUCUUGGACAAUCUCUGGAAAUCUUGCUUAUAUUUUUUUUCGGCUAAGCAUCAAUAAAAAAUGAAGAAAGUUUGAGUACCUUUAUAAAUAAAAACGAGUAUGAUGUUUUGUCAUAAUGAUGCAGCAAGUAACCUGCCAUUGGCUGUAAUGAACGUGAGCGUGCAAGACUGCAAUGGGACGGUCAUUCACAAAUGUUCCUAACAUUUUAUAUACUUCAACUCACGAAAUCACUGCGCUCUUUUAUAUGUUGUUGUUCAAUUUUAUCCUUGGUAUAAAUUUUGUUUUCAUAUGUUUUGGGGUAUGGUAUGAUAAUGACCUGAUAACGAGUUUGAAACAAAAGAAAAUGAAGUUUAAACCAAGGAUAAAGUUGAACCACAAAAUAUACGAAAAGCCUAAAAAGAGAUAUCCCUUUCGGGCGGAGCCUCGCCGUGUUCCCCGUGAAUACGAGCCCGUGCUAUUUAGUCUCAGCGCAACCCGUUCUGAAGACAGUAUCCGUUUUUAAUUGUGUAUACUACCUUGCUCAAAAUUGAAUAGUAAUUAUAACCUGGAACAAACAAGGAAGGUUUGACCAUAAUGUUUUGUGAGUUGAUUUCUUCAAGAAAAUCAAAAGUUAAGCUGUGUUUCGUUUUUCUUGACCUACCUUUUUGCUGUGAGCAGUCUCUAUCAGUCAGAUAAAACACUACCUCACUUGUUCGAUAUGUUAACUAUAGCAUUUUUUUACAGGUGACUACGUCUGCAGGAAAGGCGAAGUCGGCAGAGAGAUGUACAUCGUGAACAGGGGCAAGUUGGAGGUGGUGUCAGAAACAGGCACCAAAAUCUAUGCUGUGUUAGAGGCCGGUAGUUACUUUGGAGAGAUAAGUGUUUUGUGCAUGAGCGCCGCCGGAAAUCGUCGGACCGCUUCGGUCCGCUCCGUCGGUUACUCAGAGCUUUUUUGCUUGUCGAAGAAUGAUCUCAUGGAAGUGCUCGACGAAUAUCCUGAGAUCAAAACAAAGAUUGAGAGCAUUGCUAAACAAAGGCUCGAGAAUGACAAGAGACGCACGAGCGUGCUUUUGUCAAAUAAGCACAACAGAACUGAGACAGACUGCGCUGACUCUGAACCGAGAGUAAAAAGCCGAUCUUUUGCUAAGAUGGAAGAGAAAAUUGCCACCCUCGAGAGAGAAAAGGAGACCCUUUUGGCAGAAUUGAAAAAGCAGAGGGAAGAGUUUUCUGACAGACUAGCUGACCUAGAGUGUUCCAUGUCACAUCUUUCACGCGAGCGGCGUGGAGACAACGUUAGACCUGCUUCAAGAUCUUUUGAUUUCGUUUGGAAGAGAAGAUAACUGGUGUAGUGUUCUUGACAGGAAAUUUUUGAAUGUUUUGAUACUUAAAUCAGCCUUUCAAAAGAGAAGCUAUGAAAGAAAAAAAUAUAUUCACACAAUUCUGUGAGGUUUAGAGGAAGAAUGAUUCACCUUGAAGCACCUGGAUACAUUUAUUCAUGUACGUCUGUGAAGCAUGGAUGAAAAACCGUAAGGCAACAGACUGGUUACUGUAGAAUGCUGAACCAAUUAGUGCAUGAAAACUUUGUAAUGUUUGCACUAAAAGCAAAAUUAAGAGUAUUUGAAGUGAUUCAAAAAAUGGUCGUCGACCGGAAAUGAUUGCUCGGGUUAUUUUUUUCAAACUGAUGCAUAUGUGUCAGCGAUACGUUUCCUGUACAACAUUAUAUUUGGUUGUCGCUCUACUGUGAACAGUUUUAACUCUUCACAAAAAAACUGUCUGUGCACAGAGUCAAGCCCGGUAACUAAUAGAUAAGCCCAUGAUUGAAUGCUAUCACAUGUACAAUCCUUUUUUUACAGUCAUCCUUAUGGAUAAAAGUUUACCAAAGAAUUGUUAGAGUACCAAGAAUGAAGUGGUAUGAAGAUGCAAUUGAGAAAAUACCGAACAAUAACCGUGCUAGGUUCUGACAUGUUUAGUGACUUGGCUUUCUCGUUCGCCAAUCGGAUGCCACCCAAGAAGUAGCGCCAACUGCCUUUUUUUAAGCGCUCAUCUGAAACUCGGCUGACUAAAUGGAAGGCUGUUGUCAAAAGGAACUGCCUACUUGGACACAGCCGAAGCUGCAAUUUUCGAUCGGAAAAAUUCGGAUUUAGACUGUUUAGAUUGAUGAAACGACCCGCUACCAAUAUGAUGCAACAUUUAGUCGUUGCCUUACUUAACAAUGCCGACUUCUCGAAAAUAUUUUUUAAUGUUUUAAUCCUGCUUUCUUGUCUUGUGAUCAGUGAUGUAGUAAUCGAAUUAACACUGUCGUUUUCAACUCAUAGGUUAAAUGAAACUCGCCUUUAUUAGAAGCAACUUCAAAAGUGGUAGAAUGGCAAUUUAAUUGAAAAGCAGGAAUUUUCAGCUGUUUGCCACCUAAAACUCGUUACCCUAAACAUGCAUAGAGAUGUUAAUAACAGAACGUACAGAAUUGAGGUUUAAUUAACAUCAAUGAAAUGUCCUUAUUUAAAGGCCAUAUUAUCGUAGAACACUGCGCAUGCUUGGCGUCAUUUAUAAUUAAUUAGGCACCUUGACUAAUCUCGACCCCAGAGCUCUUCUGCGCAUGACGGCCAGGGUAAGCACUGGGUUCGACAUUGCUGGACUACGUAAUCCCUUUGGCAAAUCAUCGGCAAGGGUAAUAUGUCUGCUGGUAAUUAGGUCAUGUAUGGUGGUCAGAAUGUAACGGCGC